AUGACCAAAACUGAGGAACUGCCUGAUAGCCAAACUUCUGAAGAGUUUUAUGAAAAAUAUGAACCUAAGGAAAUCUUGGGAAGAGGAGUAAGCAGUGUUGUCCGUCGAUGCAUUCAUAAAAUCACUCGACAAGAAUACGCUGUUAAAAUUAUAGACAUCACAGCUGGAAAUCUCUCCCCACAAGAAGUUCAGGAGCUGAGAGAAGCCACUCUGAAAGAAAUCAGCAUCCUCCAGAAAGUGUGUGGACAUCCUAAUAUUAUCCAGCUGAAGGACAGCUUUGAAUCUCACACCUUUUUCUUCCUGGUGUUUGAUCUGGUAUUUCACAGAAUGAAGAAAGGGGAGCUAUUUGAUUACCUUACAGAGAAGGUGACCUUAAGUGAGAAGGAAACUAGGAAAAUCAUGCGUGCUCUUUUGGAAGUGAUUCAGUUCCUCCAUGCCUUGAACAUUGUCCACAGAGAUCUCAAGCCAGAGAACAUCCUUCUGGAUGACGACAUGAACAUCAGACUCACUGACUUUGGCUUCUCAUGUCAGCUGCAGGAAAAUGAAAAACUCAAAGAGAUCUGUGGUACUCCUGGCUACUUGGCUCCUGAAAUACUAGAAUGUUCCAUGGAUCCAGAUCAUCCAGGUUAUGGGAAGGAAAUUGACAUGUGGAGUGCAGGAGUCAUCAUGUAUACCUUGCUGGCUGGAUCUCCUCCUUUCUGGCACCGGAAGCAGAUGCUGAUGUUAAGAAUGAUCAUGAAUGGAGAUUACAAAUUUGGGUCUCCCGAGUGGGAUGACCAAUCAGAUACAGUCAAAGACUUGAUUGCCCACUGUUUAGUGGUGAAGCCGCAGAAUCGUUUCACUGUGCAGGAUGCCCUCACCCACCCCUUCUUCCAGCAGUACAUGGUGGAGGAAGUCCGGCACUUCAGCCCCUUCCGGAAAUUCCGGGUCAUCUGCCUGACUGUCCUGGCCUCAGUUCGCAUCUACCUCACCUACCGUAACAUCAAGCCGAUUACCCAGGAUGUGCUGCAGCGCGACCCGUACGGGCUGAAGCCAGUCCGCAAAAUGAUUGAUGCUUGCGCUUUCCGGAUCUAUGGCCAUUGGGUGAAGAAAGGACAAGCUCAAAACAGAGCUGCCCUCUUUGAAAACACUCCCAAAGCCAUCCUGUUCAGCUUGGCUGCCGAAGAGGAACUUCUCUGAUUUCCAAAAUCUCCAGGAAGAAAGCGGUUCAAACAGCCUUUGGCAUCUUCCCAAUUGGGCUGAGCAGGGUCCCAACACAUGUGCAGACUUCAACCCCCACAAUUCUCCAGCCAGCAAAGAUGGAAAUGAAAUAGCAAAGUAUAAAAAAAGCCUAAUACAGACCAGAAUGCCUUUUUAUUAAGUGCAUUAUUAUUGUUGUUGUUGUUGCUUGCAGUCAGCCAGAUGUUUAGACUGGAUCGGGUAUUUUUGUUUACUAGGUACAGG